GUAUUUCUACGAUAUGUUGGUUAUUGACCGACACUCCUGUCCAUGUAUUUCUCAAAUUUUGUGUUUUUGGUUGUAAUAUAGGUGGUUACAUUCGUAGUAAGGCAGUCAAGUAUUGUUUAAAGGCCAGUUUGAAGUACAAGGACAUGAUGGGGCUCUCGACUCUUCCUCGCCGAAGUUAGCCAAGGGGCCCUGGCGCGGCUGCUGCAGCUCGCCACGUAGUGGUCGGAGGCGUGCCGUGGAAUGUUGUGUGGGGAGAUCCUGCGCUCCCCCCAGCAGUGCCUGAGCUUGCCGCUGCUGCCCGGGGGCCCCGGGGGCGUCAACAGCCCGUACCUCGCGCUGCUGGCCAUGGCCACCCUCACCGCCAUGGACGCGGACAACGAUGACAUCUUCCUCGAGAACGGCCUGCUGAGCUAUGAGAACCCCAACUACCACCUGCUCCACGAGGACCAGCUCAACUCCAACACGGAGGAGGACCUGCUCUACUACGAGCACCUGUACGCCGAGCUGAGCCAGCGCGCGCAGCAGGGCGUCACCCCCGGCCAGGACGACGCGGCCGCGCGCAGGAACUACAAGAACCUCGACAUCGGCUCCAUGGGCGUGGACGUGAGCGCGGGGCCCGUGCUGGAGGACACGGCCGACGUCGACAACAGGGGCUCGGAGGGCGUCGGCCUGGACAACUCCCCCAACGGCAACCAGCGCGGCGACAUGGGGCGCCGGGCCAGGCCGGACCUCAUCCAGACGGCCGAGCAGCCUCACCGCACCAGCCUCCUGAACGUGAACAGCGCUGCCCUGGACGGCUCCGACAUCCCGCACAUCCCGGGGCAGCUCAACAACGACCUGUACGCGGUCGCGGUGAAGCGGCGCCCUCCGCCGGCCGCCCAGCCACCGCUGCCGCCCCCGGGCCAGGAGGGCAGCCCGCUCACGCCCUCGCCGGACUCGCCCACGGGGCACACCCCCAAGGAGAACCUGCCGCCCGGCUGGGAGCGCCACGAGGACAAUGACGGCCCUUACUACUGGCACAUCAAGAGCGGCACUAUCCAGCGCGAGCCGCCCGGCCUGGACACGCCCACGCCCGGGGGCAAGUCCAGGGACUCGGCGCUGCUCUCCAAGGACACGGACACGACGCUGUCCGCGGUGGUGUCGUGCGUCACGCGCAGCAACACGAGCUCCGCGCUGGAGGAGCUGUCGGGGCAGCGGGACCGCGACCGCGACCGGCGCGAGGAGCUGGCGCUCAAGCGGCGCAGCUACCCGGCCAGCGCCACCCCGGGCGCCAACCCCGCCGGCGGGGCCGCGCGCGGGCCCGGCAUGGGCUCCAUGGGGAUGGGCAACUCGCUGGACGCGGGCGACGCCAAGGAGCGCCCCAUCCGCUUCGCCGUGCGCUCACUCGGCUGGGUGGAGAUCGCCGAGGCGGACCUCACCCCGGAGCGCAGCAGCAAGGCCGUCAACAAGUGCAUCGUGGACCUGUCUCUGGGCCGCAACGACCUCCUCGACGUGGUCGGCCGCUGGGGAGACGGAAAGGACCUGUUCAUGGAUUUGGAUGAAGGAGCAUUGAAACUCAUAGACCCUGAAAAUUUAACACUUCUCAACACACAACCAAUCCACACAAUAAGAGUUUGGGGAGUUGGUCGCGAUCACGGCAGGGAUUUUGCAUACGUUGCCCGUGAUCGCACUACACGAAAGCACAUGUGCCAUGUUUUCCGUUGUGAUAUUCCAGCCCGAACAAUUGCAAAUACAUUAAGAGACAUUUGCAAAAAGAUUAUGAUAGAAAGAAGUCUGCAACAGAAUCUUGCAAAGCCCAUUGACAUUGGACAUGGAAUAUCUGGUAGGGCAGGUCUUGCUGCACGACCAACAAAUCUCCCUACAGAACAUCGACGUUUUCACCAUCGUAGUGGCAUGGCACUUGUCACACAAUCCUUUCCCACACCAAUGGAGGAGCCACGAAAAGUCCUUCGAGCUUUGUACUUAGGCUCCGUACAAGUUGAUAGAGCAACGGGAAUGGAUGUAUUAAAUGAUGCCAUUGACUUGCUAUCUGGUGCUGCUCCUCAAGAUCAAUGGCGUCCAGUCCAUGUUGCUGUGGCCCCAUCAAUGAUCUCCAUACUUAACCCUAGUGAUGAUACUUUAAUAACAGAAUGUCGUGUACGCUACUUGUCGUUCUUGGGAAUUGGCCGGAAUGUGAAGCAGUGUGCUUUUGUCAUGCACACUGCACAGGAUUUAUUCAUAGCACAUGCUUUCCAUUGUGAACCAUCAUCAGGUGCACUUUGUAAAACAGUAGAAGCUGCUUGCAAGCUACGUUACCAGAAAUGUCUUGAUGCUCACCCUCAAGGCUUCAGACAGCCUAGCACUAGUGCACAGUCACCUGGCAGAGGAAUCGGUGCCACUUUAAAAUCUUUGGUUGGCACGCUCACUGGCCGGAAAACUAAAGGGUCAGAAUCCUGAGAUGAGGCUCUUUCUCUGCAGGAACCUUUUCCUGCAGAGAAGGAGAAAGAACUUCCUGAGCCUCCUCGCGUUCGCCACCUGCAGUCUCCAAAGACACCACAGUUCUUUACCAGUGGUUGGAUUGCCAUGGCCAUUAACUCUCCAGGAUCAACUGGAUCUGCAGGCACUCCCAGUGGGAGUCCUAGCCCUCACACGCCAAGCACUCCACUGAGUCCCAGCUCUCGGGCUCCCUCUAUUGAUUGGGAGGCUCUGGCAGCCCCUGUUUCUGCUGCCCCAUAAGCAACGAGUGGGAUAGUUUCUCCAUCCACUUUUGGUGUCCUGUCGACGCUUCAAAAGAGGAAUGUGUGCCCACUGAAAGUGAAGUGAAGUGAAGUGAAAGUGAAAGUGAUGGUGAAGGACAGCUAGGAAAAUAAUUCAGUGUGAUGUGAUGUAUUGACUGGAGGCAAUACGCUGCAGGAAUCUGCAGUGUGUCAUUGUAGCAUUAAAUUCAAGUUGUGUGAAUGAGAGAUUCAAUAUUUGCAAAUCAAGAUUUCAGAACACUUUUCUUGGUUUGCAUGAGACCAGAUGUGUGCAUGUGUAUGACACCUGUUUUUUACCAUGCUUUAUUAGACUCACUACUAGAAAAAUUAGUCAGGAAAGUGAGUCAUGAAUUUUAAAGUUAUGGGACUGGAGUGCCACUAAAAUGUGUAUAUCAAUAUGGAGAUAGGAGCAGAGCAAAAUAUGCUUUUUCAAAGUGCCUGAGUUACAUGGUCAGACGAUUGAAAACAAUUGCAAGACAACUCAGUGCUAAAAGAGAAGGUAGGAAGUGAAUUUUUCUUUAUGAACAAAAAUGUUUUGGAGUGAGAACUUCAAAUUUUGCACGUCUUGUAAAGAAAAACAGGGUUUUAGCUGCUCUUUUAAUGUAAAGACAGUACCAAUCCUACAUGUGAAUGAUAUUGUUCAAAAUGGUAACCUUGGAGUCUCUUUUGAUGAAUCUCAGUCUCUGAGGAGACAUUGUAAAAUAUAGUAUGUAUGCUAUUUAUUCUAUGAAUUCAACCUGUGGUUGAUUUGGAAACAUUGAUCUAAGUUGACAUAUAAAUAUAUUUACUAUAUAUAUAUGUGUAUAGCUUGAAAUUCGAAAUUUCACAGUAUUACUAGAAAGUAUGGAUUUUCUAGACUAUUCUAUUUACAUCAUGGCUGUCUAGAUGAGCCUGUAAGGUGUUUUUCCAUUUACUUCAUGGAAAGGGAAUUUGAAUGUUUAGUUCAGACAUUCAGAUUUAUAGAAAUUUGUUUGUGCAGGGAAACAAUAAUUCGACUUGAUUCUUAUGGAAUAUUUCACUGUGUGUAAUCAAGUCUAGACCAGUUUCAUUUUUGCCUUCAGCCAGCUUGCGUGCACUAGUGAAGUAAUGUGCAAUUUGUAAAAGUUCUAUGCAUUCACAUUGAACUUUGUUAUAGUCGUGCUUGCUGUGCCAGCUUUUAACAAUUUUUGCUAAAAUACUGGCAAAUACAAGUUAGCAGCCAUGCAAUGACCCUUUAUUUGUAAAUGCUGAAAUUUUAAGCUUGUAAAUAUGUCUGUACAUGGUAUUGCAUGUAUUGUGUUGUGACUGCAAAUUUAAAUCUUAGGGCUAUUGUUCUUGUAGCACAAGCUGAUAUUGUAAUCAUCCUGUGGCUGAAUCUAACUAGAAUCCUUGAUGUUCUCGUUUAUCUGCUUUUCAGAGGUGAAUUUCCUUUUUACAAUUAUGUUCCCCAGCUGUGUAAGUCCUUGUAUGUAUGUGUGUGUUCAUAGAUCAAUCUGCUUUGCAAAUUGAAUUACGAUGCAUUGCAUUACAUAUUGACAACUGUGCAUCUAGUGACGUAUGGAAAUUUGUGAAUCUAACUGCACGAACCUACCAAUGUUUCUAAACUAAAUGGUGCCCUUCACGUGAGGGAACCCAGUUUUCAUUCAUGAGUGGUUUAUUUAUAUAUGAUGCUUGCAAUCUUUAUUUUUGUUAGUGCAUUAGAAAUUCAUCUCAUGUGUUAAGACCACACAAGUUCUUUUACUUUCUCAAAAACCCUACAUCUUAAAAAUGGUUUUACAAGCAAAGAGUACUAAGAACUAAGUUUUGUCUUCUAUUUAGGUAUUUGCUUGUGAUGAAUUCAGCUAUGAGAAUGCAUUGUUUUAAAACGGAGAUGUAUUGUAUCUGGGUUUGAGAGCAAACGUACUACUGGAGCAAGCAUAAAUGCUUGCAGUACUGCAAAAAAAUGGAAAAGCUAGGUCAUCAGGCAAUCUUUUUAAUUUCAACCACAAUAUUUUUUUAUAAAUUUAUUGCACUAUGGAGCAUUGCCUUUGAGGAAAGAGUAUAAUUCCAGAACCAAUUGAUUUUGCUACUUACCUGACAGUAUAAUUUUCAAUUUGAGCAGUUGGGCGGCUUGCCAUUAUUUUCUAACAUGCUAAUUGUUUCAAACAGAAUGAGUUUUAUUGGCCGAGUGUAAUGCACUUUUCAUUCUAGAGUGUUUGUUCUUAUUAAAAACAUACCUUGAGUAGGUAGCAAUUAUAAAAACACUAGGCGGAGAAAACAUCAGCAUUUUGAAUGAGAAUGUAUUUAAUCCUAAAUGAGUCAUUUUGUAAGGGAAAUGUUUAAGAUUUUCUUCUCUUGUUUUUUAUAGCAAUUUUGUUUUGUUUUACACAACCAAGUGCAACUUCUAGAUAUGCCUUUUAGGGUCUGAUUUUUUACCAUUAAUAUGUGUUAUUUGUUGGUGUUAAUUAAAGAACACACUAGACUUAUUUGUUAUAUUUCAACUGUUUUUAUUGUGUAUCAAAUAUUUAUUUAUUUCAUUGAUUAAUGUUGGCUUUAUGUUAUUGUUUCAAAGCAGAAUAUCUUCUUUAUUUCUGUACCCCUUACUUUUAUCUGUCUCACCUUUCACUGAAGUAGUAAUACUGAACCUCAGCAUUACUACUCACUGAUACCUUGUUCAUCCUGAAUUAUUUGCUUUUAUUGUCAAUUUCAAAAGUAUCUUUUGAAAAUAAAACGAAUUUUUUGCAAAAUUUG